GAAACAGUCGUUGUUAGAAGCGCCGAGUGUUCGCGCGUCAACCACCUGAUAUGUUAUCAACCUACUGAUAAGGAGUACUGAAAAUCGCUCUAACUCCUUGUUCAGUUCAGUACAGUGACUUGAAUAGUUCAGUGUUCAAAAUGACCCAGAAUAAUCUGGAAGUGGGUAUGCGGUGCAUAAAGUACAUGCUGCUUUGUGUUACGGCUAUAUUUGUGCUGACGUCAGCACUGAUCAUAUCCGUGGGCACGACGAUCUACGCCAUCUACUACGAUGUCUCCCUGUUCCUGGACGACAAGUUCUUCUCGCCUGCAACCUUCAUCAUCGUCAUCGGGAUCAUCAUGUUGUUCGUGUCGCUCUUCGGCUGCGUCGGCGCACUAAAGGAGAGCACCUGCUUGGUUAAUAUUUUUGCAGUGAUCCUGACAUUGGUGCUGGUGCUGGAGUUAGCAGCCGCUGUGACCGCGUACGUGUUACGGGCCCAGGUCGAAGAUAUCCUGGAUGAGAAUCUGAGGACUGCCCUGCCUUACUACUAUGAGAAGCCCGAGAUUGAAGCCGCCUUUGACUUCAUCCAGAGCAGGCUGAACUGUUGCGGGGUGGACCAGUACGAAGACUGGAGGGACGUGAGCCACCCGAACGGCAUUACGGGCAUCAGCAUUAACAACAUCACCGUCCCCAACUCCUGCUGCGCGGAGACCCAGUUCGUCAGCGAGCUGGCUGUGGAGGAGUGCACCAAGCUGUACGCCAAGGGGUGCCUCCCUAGAGUCAUCUACAUCGUCUACCAGAGCGCUGGCCUCAUUGGCGCCGGAGCUAUGACCAUCGCUUUCAUCCAGGUUAUCGGCAUCGUGUUUUCGUUCUCCCUGGCCAGUUCUAUCAGGAAGGCCAAGUCGGAGCGCGCGCGCAGGAAGUGGGAGAUCCAGGAGCGUAUGAUCAACGCAUACACCUCCUUGAACCCUGAGAAUGAGAAGGCGGCUCCCGUCAUUUACGUCCCGUUCCACGGUCAGACCACCGCUUAAAGAGGCUCAAUGUUAAAGCCAUUGCCAGUCCUUUAAAACGACUAGAUUUUUUUUGAUAGGUGCGUUAAACAUACUUUAAGGUAUUUAGUAAAUAAAGACUAUUUGGUUAUAAAAAAAAAGUGCCUGUAGAGAAGAAAAACAAACGCUCGGCCUGUGAAGGAACUCUUAUUACCCUUAUGACUAAUAUUUUUCUUCACGAUGAGUAAAUCAAAGCUUGAUGUACACAUAGGCGGAAAAGCAGGACAAGCAGGCUGCGUGGGAUUGGUAUGAAACAGCAAUUUCAUAGAAAAUUACGUAGUAUUAUUGUUUGUUUUAAAUCCCUCUUGCCUUCCGCCCCGCAGUACCCUGUCUGACGAGAGUGGGAUGGCGCCCAGAGUAGUCUAUUUCAAAGCCGUACUAGGACUCUUAUUCUCCGCUUCUGGAUAGUACUGACUGUUACUGCUGCCCUGUCAGGUUACCAUGGUUACGCAAUUUACUAUUAGAUUACACGAUCUUGGUCACCGCGCCCGCGACCUUGACCUUUGAGCAGGAUGGAUUGGCAAAUGUAAUAAACGCUUUAAGAUAAAAUUUCGCGCCCAUCGGCGGCUCAAUUUCUAGUUCUGUGUGCAACAAGCAAGCGUCACUUGGGUUUCUUUUCAGCAGGAACUUUUACGUCAGUUUUAUUUUGGACAGACAUGAGAAACAUGUUUUAAGUUUACGCGUAUAUUAUCAUAAUUAAAACACAUAAUAACGGGUUCUUACCGCGUUUAAAAUAGAGAUAUGAGACUCCCGAUAUUAAAGAAAGAGUGUAUAUGUCUGCCCGUUGAAAAUUAUGGAUCUACCUACUCCACUCCAAUCUCAUCAGUCAUCCCGUGAUCAUGGCACUUGCAACAGUGUCGAAAUAUCGGGAGUCUCAUAUCCCUAUUUUUAAACGCGGUAAGAACCCGUUAUUAUGUGUUUUAAUUAUGAGAAACAUGCUGUCAAGAUAGAUAAACUUAAAUUAAUUAAAUGUACUAAGUAUAAAAAGUGAGAUCACCAAUGUUAUCAAUAUUUUUAAAGGUUUUGUAGGUACUUAUUAAAAUUAGGUUUGCUGUGAACAUAACUUCACCUAACGGGGUUACCUACCCUUCUUUCCUUUUCGGCGGAUAAAAAAGUGACAGAUAUAGCUUAUAAUUAUGAGAUUAAACGAACUUACCUAUAUGAGAAGUUCUAUCUUAAUUAUACGAAGCUCCUUGUUCGAGAUGGGGACUCCCUCCCUACAAUUUUAAUAUUCCGCUCUAAAGUCUCUACAGGUGACAGAGUUGUCCAUGAAACAUGCUAACAUAAUGACAUUAGUUGACAGGUGCGUUCAGAAAGCGGGAAACGAAGCUUUGAAAAUUGUGACGAUCCUGGAGCAUAAGACGUAGACUACAUUGAAAACCGUCUCGAACAAGGAGCGAGUAUAAUAAAAUUAGAUGAUGUCUGCAGGAAUCAGCACCACUGUGGCCUAAAUAAUAACAUUAAAAACUAUAUUAUUUUUGUAGCAAUAUAUUCAUUUGUGGUCGUAUAAUGAGUCUACUAGUCUGAAGGUUUAAUCGAAGACCAACUCAUUGCUGUAAGUUUUUCCUGUUUAUACGACAUGCCGUAAUGACUGUACUCCGUACAUGUACUAAAUGAGUCAUUAUAUAUAAACACAGACUAAGACAUUUAUUUUUAAGUAUGGAACAUUAAAUACUUGUUAAUAUAAUAGUUUAGUUAUGUUCUACAAUCCUAAGGGUACAGAUAUGCAUGCUUAUUUAGUGUCCUGCUCAUAAACUCUAUUUUGAAGCAGUCGCCGUAGCCGAAAUCGGCUGGAUCACAUCACUAUUGGCGUGUUCAUAAACCGACAGUCGAGCGAACCUUACCAUACCCUAUUAAUUAGAGUUAAAGAGCAAUCAGCUACAGUGAGAAGUGGUACAAAAAAUCAUUCAACACAAAAAAAAUGUUUAUGAAUUUAUCUGUAUUUGUAAUUGUUCCAUUGUUUUACAUCCUUUUUUUUUUUAAAUACGUACUCGUUUUAAUUUUAUCAAAAUAUAUUUAUUUAUAAAUUCUACAAUG